AGCCAUUAUAUUUAUUUAAUUGGACGGUCGUGAUUUAGUAGAGGAUCUGUAACCCUCCUCCUCCAGCUUCUCUGAAGCCCCAUAUACCCUUCUUCUUUCUCGAGUCUCUUGUGUGUUUGUGACUGUCUCAUACCACUUCGUCAGUUGCCGAAGACAAAAACUUCUUAGAAGGUCAAAUUAGGAUCCAAUGGGUAGCCAAAAAAGGAGCUUUGAUUCUGUAGAGGUUGUGGAGGGUGAAUUGGAUGCACCCACCAAUGAGGUUGUUAUCAAAAAGAAGUCCAAAAAGAAAAUGAAGAAGGAAAAGGGAAAAGGCGAAGAAUUUGUUGAUGGGGAUAAUGGCCCUUCUGAAGUUCCUACGUCUGUCAAACCCAUGGAGAGAAAGAAGAAGAGGAAAACAUUGGAUAAAGAAAAACACCGUACUGCUGCAGACAACAAGAAAUCAGAGCCUAAAGCGAUGGAUGUUGAAUCAAAAUCCAAUGUAUUUCAGGAAUCUACAUUGGCCUCUUCAUCUAGUGGUGGUCUGCCUGAGUUCCAUAUUGGUGUUUUUAAGGACUUGGCAUCUGCUGAUGCCUCUAUCAGAGAAGCGGCAGCAGAAGCAUUGGUGACAGAACUGCAGGAAGUUCAGAAAGCAUAUGAUAGGCUUGAUACUAAGGAUUUGGUUGAGGGUGGAUUGAAGUUGGAAGCUCAAAAGGAUGAUGGGUUGAAUGAGUGUGCACCCUCCUUGAGAUAUGCUGUACGUAGGCUGAUCCGCGGUGUUUCAUCAUCAAGAGAGUGUGCUAGACAAGGAUUUGCCUUGGGGUUAACUGUAUUAAUAGGUGUCAUACCCAACAUCAAGGUGGACUCAUUGCUAAAACUAAUUGUUGAUUCGUUGGAGGUUAAUUCAUCGACGAAGGGUCAGGAAGCAAGGGAUUGUCUUUUGGGUCGCUUAUUUGCUUAUGGUGCCCUUGCACGGUCAGGAAGGCUGGUUGAGGAGUGGAUUUCAGAUAGAAACACUCCUUACAUAAAGGAAUUCACUAGUCUUCUUGUUUCCCUUGCAAUAAAGAAGCGAUACUUGCAAGAGCCUUCUGUCUCGGUUAUUUUAGACUUGAUUGAAAAGUUGCCUCGGGAAGCCUUGGAAAAUCAAGUUCUUAAAGCUCCUGGAGUACAUGAGUGGUUUGAGGGAGCAACUGAAGUUGGAAAUCCUGAUGCAUUGCUUUUGGCUUUGAAAAUUCAUGAAAAAGUUUCUGUUGACGGUGCCGUGUUCAGUAAGCUUUUGCCAAAUCCAUUCAGCCCAAACAAACUUUUUGCUGUUGACCAUCUCUCCACUCUUGCUAAUUGCUUGAAAGAAUCUACCUUCUGUCAGCCUCGAGUGCAUAGUGUAUGGCCUGUUUUGGUAAAUAUUCUUUUACCUGAUAUUAUUUUGCAAGCUGAGGAUGCAGUAUCUGCUUCCAAUUCCUUGAAGAAGCAUAAAAAGAGUCGGAAGUGCAGCUCUUCUGAGGAAGAAAUUGCUAAAAACCUUCAGUCUUUUAUUGAGGUGAUUAUUGAAGGAUCUCUUCUUCUAUCAUCUCAUGACCGUAAGCAUUUGGCAUUUGAUGUUCUGCUCCUUCUCCUGCCAAAGCUGCCUGCAUCAUUUGUUUCAAUAGUUUUGUCAUACAAAUUGAUUCAGUGCCUGAUGGAUAUACUUUCAACAAAAAAUUCAUGGCUCUUUAAAGUUGCACAACAUUUCCUCAAGGAAUUAUCAGAUUGGGUUAAUAAUGACGAUGUUAGAAGGGUUGCAGUUAUUGUUGCUCUACAGAAACAUAGCUAUGGAAAAUUCGAUGCCAUUACACGGACAAAAACAGUUAAGGAUUUGAUGGCAGAUUUCCAAACAGAGUCUGGUUGUAUGCUGUUUAUUCAGAACUUACUAAACAUGUUUGUUGAUGAAAGUCAUGUUUCUGAGGAACCUUCAGAUCAGAGUCAAACAACAGAUGACAAUUCAGAGAUAGGUUCAGUUGAAGACAAGGACUCAAUUGGGGCAAAUGGUAAUUCUGACUUUUUGAAAAGUUGGAUUAUAGAAUCUCUACCAACUAUAUUGAAAUAUGUAAAGGUAGAUCUUGAAGCGAAGUUUCGAGUUCAAAAAGAAGUUUUGAAGUUUCUAGCUGUUCAAGGUCUCUUUACUGCAUCUCUUGGCAGUGAAGUAACAUCAUUUGAACUACAGGAGAAGUUUAGGUGGCCAAAAGCAGCCACUUCCACUGUUCUUUGCAGGAUGUGUAUUGAGCAGCUUCAGUUGUUGUUGGCAAAUGCUCAAAAGGGAGAAGGGUCUCUAGCUUUGCCUAAUGGGCUUGAACUAAAUGAUCUUGGGUCUUACUUCAUGCGGUUCCUUAGCACUUUACGCAACAUUCCUUCAAUUUCUCUCUUUAGACCUUUGGAAGAUGAGGAAGAGAACAUAUUAAAGAAGCUGCAGGCAAUGGAAACUUCACUUUCUAGAGAGGAAAGAAAUUGUGGGCUAAGUGGUGAUGCAAAUAGAUUGCAUGCAUUGAGAUACUUGCUCAUCCAGUUGCUUUUGCAAGUGCUCCAUAGGCCGAGGGAAUUCUUGGAAGCGGCUACUGAUGUAAUAGUAUAUUGUCGGAAAGCUUUUCCGGCUCCUGAUCUUCUUGAUUCCUCUGGGGAAGAUGAUGUGGAUGCUGAUGAACCUGCACCAACAGAUGUUCUUGUUGAAACAUUUCUAUCAAUAUUAGUAUUGCCUGAGUCACCAGCUCCUAUGCGAUCUGCUAUUGAGCAGGUGUUCAAAUAUUUUUGUGGUGAUAUAACGGAUGAUGGCUUGCUGCAUAUGUUGCGGGUCGUUAAGAGGAAUUUAGAUAGACAUCAGGUUUCUGAGAGUGAAAAUGAUGAUGAUGUGGAUGAGGAUGAAGAAGAUUUCCUUGAAAUCAAAGAUGAUGAGGUAAUUGACGAGGAGACAGGUGAAACAGUUGAAAGUGAUGAUCAGACAGAUGACUCUGAGGAUGUAGGUGGGAUUGAGGAAGUUGGAAAAGAGUCUUCUGAGGAUGUAGGUGGGAUUGAGGAAGUUGAGAAAGAGUCUUCUGAAGUUCCAGAUGAUUCUGAUGAGGAAUGGGAUGAUGAGACAAUGUUCCGAAUUGAUAAUAUGCUCGCACAGAGGUGUAAAGAGAAAAUGAAGCAGGCUGGAAGUGAAACUGCUCAAUAUCAGCUUGAGCAGUUCAAACUUCGUGUCCUUUCAUUGCUGGAAAUUUACCUACAUGAAAAUCCGGAUAAACCUCAGGUUCUUGUAGUAUACUCAAACUUGCUUUGGGCGCUCACUAAUCCACAGGCUUCAGAAAGCAGUGAACAACUUCGUCAGCGUAUAUGGGGAAUUAUUCGAAAGAUAAUAUUCAACAAAAAGGAUCAUCCCAAGGGUGAAGGCGUGCAACUAUCUACUCUUGAAUCUUUGCUGCAAAAGAAUUUGAAGUUGGCAUCAAAACCAAUUAAGAGAAAUAUACCGGCUAACUUGUCAAAGAAGCAAUCCUCAUCCUGGAACCAACGGAAAGUGAUUGCUUCCCUUGCUCAGAACUCCACAUUUUGGAUUUUGAAGAUCAUUGAUGCACAGAAUUUCCCACGGUCCAAGUUGCAGAGACUUUUUGAUAUUUUCCAGGGUGUUAUUGUGGAAUAUUUCAAUAGUAAAAGGUCUCAAAUAAAGUCUGAAUUUCUGAAAGAAAUAUUCCAGCGAAGGCCAUGGAUUGGGCAUCAUCUCUUCGGCUUCCUGUUGGAGAAAUGCGCCAGUUCAAAAUCAGAGUUUAGGCGAGUAGAAGCACUUGACUUGUUGACUAAAAUAUUGGGAACAAUGGGUUCAUCUAAAGGAACUGACCAGGAUCUGCUGAAGAAAAAUGUGGAAAGCCAUUUAAGCAAUCUAUGUCAUCUAAUGGAGACAUUGGUGGAAAAUAAGCCGGAAAAGCAGCCGAAGCGGAGGCAGGCUGAAGUGCGGAGAUUUUGUGGCAAGAUCUUUCGGAUUAUAUCGUCUCUGGACCUCAUGGAGUCCUUUCUAAAUACUUUGAACCCAAAUGCUCAUGCCCUGUGCCAAUCACAAUUGGGUGAUAAGUUUGUUAAAUUAAAGAAAGCUUAACCCCAUUAAUGAGUCUUUGAUUGAUUCUUAUAUCAAACCGGUGCUGAAAGCAGUUUGUAAUUCCAAUUACAAUUUUGAUUCAUCUAACGAGGCUGAAGAGAGAGAUGUUGUUUGAGAAGACCCUUUUAAGUCACUUUCUCAGCUGCCUAAGAGAAAAGCCAUUGUUUUAUCUUUUGGAAGCUUUAUGUUUUUUCUGCAACAUUUUGUAGGUUAUGUCAGCUUUAGUAUUUGCUUGUUUGGUUUUCACACACACAGGAAAGAGUUGGGUCGGAGCCAUAGAAGUUGUGAACUGCGGUCGAUACUAAAUGUAUUAUCUUUUUAGAGAACCCGUGGGUUCACUUUUUGAA